AUGAAACGGCUCUUUGGCCAUGUCUAUGUAGAGGACGUAACAGAGAAGGCCAUGACAAGGAUGCCGUGGUGCAGAAGCGGAGAGCAAGUCCAGGCCUUACGAGCUUCUUUCCAUGACAGAGCGCCGCUUGCUCGAGGAGCUUGCGAUCCCUGUUUCGAGGCCGAUUACGGCGGUGAAGGAGGCUCUGUGUAUGCACUUUGCAAGCGCAGGGGUCCGCUUUCAUGUGAGUGAGGUUGUUUUUCUCCCCGGUCUCCUUGAGCCUCCAAAGCCGUCUGUGGCAGAGCAAGCCCGAAAAGUCCAAGUUUCGCGGGUGAGAACAAGGCAGACCCUCUCCCGACAAUCAUCUUUCUGGAGUUUCCCAAUGGUCUCACUCCAUCUUUCCCGCAUGAAUUUCCGCAAACUGAUUCCUGCUUGUCAUGGUUCAGUAUGGCUGUUUUCUGCCAACUAAUCCAGCAUAUGCUUGGAGUGAGACUUCCAUCGCCUUCUGAGGCUUAUCCGAGGUGCUUUAAGUUCUCACUUGGAUUUCUGUUCUUCGAACAUUUCGGAAAGUGAUGGUGUCCUCCAAGUUGGGUGGGCUUUUCGCCUUUGUUUUCGAGGCUACUAAAAUGGUCACUGGGAAUGAAACGGGAGGACAAGAAUGCACCCAUAGGAAGUGAUUCAAUUGCCCUGAAGACUGGAAAAAAGCUUGACCGUGGCAACUGGCCCACGAAGAGCGAUCCCAAAUUGAGCAGAACUCUUUCCCAGUUCCUGGACAAAUAGUUCGAGGAUAAUUGCCAGACUUUUCUGUUCCUACCCGUUCCAACUGGCGAGCGAGACUGAGAGCUGUUCCUUACAAUAUUUGUCUAAGGGAUCAGUUAUUCGUGGCAUAAUUUGGCAAAGACAAAAAGAAGAAUUAAUCUCGUCUCGGUUGACUUGGUAACAGUCAAACAAGGCUAAGGGAUGUUAAAGCCCUGAUUGUGGUGGAAUUGUGGUUUUAAGUGUUCAUGUGAGGGAAGAUCCAUCCACGGCUUUGUCUCCUUCAACCAUGCCUGGCUCCGGAUUUUGGCCCAUUUUUUGUUUUAUUCUCUUAAUCAUUAGGUGGGUCUCUCCAUAUGAAACGCUCCCUCAUGAGAUGAUCACUUCAGGUGCAUCUCCAUGUUCGACUGGUAAUUGCAAAUCAUUUGACGAGGGCCAUACAUUAGAUUACAAUGACGAGCUCGAAUCUUCCUACUUCACGCAUUCUUCCACUUCGCCGGGCUUGAGCCUUCUAAUGGAUAACAAUUACUGCAAUCCCAACCGAAGCUACGUUUGGUGCCUACCGAGGGAUUACAAUCAAGAAAAGCAUCCUUUCACAUAUUCUCAUCUAACGAACAAAUCCCUGCCGUGGAGAUAUGACUUUAAGUUCGUUGUGGAAGAAAUCAGCAAUGUGAACGAUAAAGCCCAAACCAUGUCCAUCUCUAUGUAUUUUGGUGUAUCUUGGCUGGAUCCAAGACUUCAAAUCAAUGCGACAGCUAAAGAAUGGACCGAAGUCAAGACCGGACCCAAGAACGAAGUGAAUGUGUCCCCAGAGAGUCUCCGGUACAUCUGGUACCCUGAGCUUGAGAUUUAUGGCUUGGAACGAUUUGGUCGCCAACGGGUUCUCAAGGAAAUGUCGGGGGUCCGAAUACGGAAAAACAAAACCAUUCACUACGAACUGGGAGUUCGUGUGACAGUCAGCUGUCGGAUGAUGUUUGACGAUUACCCAUUAGACGCUCACACUUGUCAAUUUCAAGUUGGAAGCUAUUAUGAUACCAAUAAAAUCGUGACUUGCACUUCGUCAUAUGUCCAUGAUAUCAGCAGGCAACGAUCCCUUCAGCAUUACAUUCAAUUCGAAGACCUUCCUGAAAAGGAUCAGAGCGUUGUACUUCCAUCAGGCACGUAUGCCGCGUGUGGAUUCCAAGUUCAGCUCCAAAGAAAACAAAUGCAGUAUCUGAUCCAAGUGUAUCUCCCGAGUUGCAUGUUUGUCGUGGUCUCGUGGGUCUCGUUUCUCAUUAAGCCCGAGGUGGUUCCUGGGCGCAUGGCUCUCCUGGUCACCUUGUUUCUGGUUCUCAUUAACAUUUUCAACAGCGUCAGAGAGCGAGCUCCAAUCAGCUCAAGGCUCAACGCCGUGGAUCUCUAUUUGGUGGUAUGCAUAUUUUGGGUCUUCGGGGCCCUGAUGGAAUAUGCAGUGAUCUUACUUUUGCUCAAAAAGCGGCGAAGACCCAAGUAUUCCAUCGAUACUGGACUCAAGAACAUGUUUCACAGCAAUAACGGAGAGAUGGCCAAAUGCACUCAGGCUUCCUCGAAUGAAUUGGAACUUCAGUCGCCCAUCAUCCGCAGGCCCAAAAAGUCUUUGCAAGAUGAGGACCUCUGUAACAACACACAACGACCCGCUGAGGAUGCGACAACCACCACGAGAUAUUAUCUGGAACAGACUCAUGAUAUUCAGGUGACGGAUCAUGUCAACCCUCAUAUGCAUGCCGUGUGCGAUAAUAUUGAUGCUUGGUCCAUGUGGCUCUCGCCACCCCUCUUCAUCAUUUUCAAUCUGGCUUACGGAUUUGCUUACCAACAUGUGGACGUGGAUCCUCCAGAGCCUCAUCAGUUCCAAGAGGACACUUGAGCAAGCUUGGACCCUUCCUUCGACCAUCAAUACCAGAAAUGAGGCACAAGUGCACGACGGCAAUGGAUGAACUUGAUCACUUGAUAUACGGAUAGAUAACUUGUAUUCUAAGCCCCCUUUCCCACCCAUUCAUUCCCUAUUGCCUUGAAGUAGCUAGAGAAGCAUAAUUCAUAAUGAUAUUCCCUGUCAGUUCACAAAACCCGUCGUAACCAUGAGAUCAUUCAUCCCCCAAGCACCAUGAUAUCCUCUCAACUCCUUUUCCUAGACGUCAUUCCAUUGGACUGGAACACGAUUUGUAUGGAAUCGUUGUUGGCGUUGGAGAAGCAACGGUAACAGAAUAAUCGUCCAGUGCUUGAAUAUGACGGAAUUAAAAAAACAUGUCUCAAACCUGUAGAAGAAAUCCCAAACUCGAGAUAGAGCGCUUUUACCGUAUGUCAAAAGUGAUAUUUCCAAAGAAACCUUAUGCUAAGAAAUUUGCUCGAGACCAUCAUCUACUCUGUGCUAUUAGACCCACUAUACCUAAAACAAGUCACAUGCGACGUACAAGUUCACGAAAGCGGGUUGACAUAGGAUUGUAUUGUAUUGAUUAAUAAGUUGACUUAUAACCUCCCUAGAGAAAUUAUUACUGGAACUCGUCCGCUCUUAUUGCACAUGACAAAAAAGCCUCUCUGUUCUUAGGAAAUAGUGGAGGAUUUUUGACCCGUUGUCAUGUUUUGGACAUUCACGAUCCAUUUUUUCGCCACCCUUCUUUCCCGUAAAUAGAAACGCAUUGAUUGUUCUGGUCAAUUACUUUUCUUCCCUUCUCUGAAAUAUUUUGAAGAAAAAAAAGAAAACUCACAAGAAACUUGCCUCCUUCCGAAAAACUAUCUCCCUUCAUCACUCAUUUGAGAACACUCUUCAAUGCACAUUACAUUGACAAAGCACAAUAAUUUUGGAUUGUUCAAAGUAUUUAGGCGUUCUAUUAACAUCAAAUGUAUUGAAUUCGAGCGACAUAAAAUUAAAUACAACAUCAAUUACGAUUGUUA